GAUCCUGGGGCUCUACUCCGAACUGCGCCACCUGCUUCGCACCACGGGGCAGACGAUGGCAGAAGUUGCGGCCGAGUCCGGGCAGCGAGCGGCGGAUUUGUAUUCUGGGCUGACGCAACUGGCAAUUCGAUCCGGAAAGCACCAGAUGCUCAACUCCAUCAUAGAUGACAUGGUGCAGAGCGAG